AUGGUCAUUCGCAUUUUCGUGGCCUUUCUUGCCUUCGCGACUGCAAGUGGCGAGGACAUCGAAGCUGCGAUGGCUGUUGAUGACACCUGCACCGCUGGCGGAGAUUGCAGCCUGGAGCUCCACCAGCUCCGUGGAAUGAAGGUCGACUACUUGGAGGCGAUCCGAGACGAGACUGAAGUUGAAGUCAAGGCUCAUGAGCAGCUCGAUGAGGAGCUCGAGGGCGGCAAGUGCCAGAACCCUACAGACCUCAAGAUUUGGAAGAGCGGCGGCAGGAGGAGCUUCGACUCGGCAUUGAACCACUGCGGCCGCUCUUGUGCAGCAGGCAUCCCGUGCACCCAGGACUGCAUGAAGAAGCAGGGCUACUCCGCGGGUUGCGCCGGCUGCAUGGCCCAGCUCGUGGGCUGCUCCCGCGACAAUUGCAUCAACCAGUGCAUCAGCAGCGACAGCAGCCCUGCCUGCACGGGCUGCGUCAAGAAGCACUGCCGUCCGAAGAUGAAGGGCUGCAGCGGCUUCAACGUCGGGGGCCACUAG